AACUUUAUAUACAUACAUACAUAUAGGCCGGAUACUUGAAUCUUGAUACACAGCAGUAAGAAAACCAAGCUGGCAUAAGUAAUUGGGUGAAGGUGGGGAGAAAUUCAAUAUCAAGAAGCUCUUCGGAAUCAAAAUGGCGAAUGCUGUCGGAAAGGGGAAGAUGGUGACUGUGCUGAGCAUUGAUGGUGGUGGCAUCAGAGGGAUAAUUCCAGGAAUUCUCCUCGCCUUUCUUGAGUCUAAGCUUCAGGAAUUGGAUGGGACCAAUGCAAGAAUUGCAGACUAUUUCGAUAUAAUCGCAGGAACAAGCACAGGUGGAUUGUUGACCACCAUGCUUACAGCUCCCAACAAGGACAACCGUCCCUUGUAUGCUGCUAAGGACAUCGCCAACUUCUAUUUAGAACACUGUCCCAAGAUUUUUCCUCAGAGCAGACACAAAAGCUUUGUGAGCUCAGUGACGAGCUUGUUCGGUUCGGUGAUGGGACCAAAGUACGACGGUAAGUAUCUGAGGUCAUUGAUGGCCGAGCUACUUGGCAACCUUACUCUGAAACAGACCCUAACCAACGUCAUCAUACCGACCUUCGAUAUCAAGUUACUUCAGCCAGUCAUCUUUUCAACCAACGAUGCAAAACUGGAUGAUUUGAAGAACGCUAAGCUUUCAGAUGCAUGCAUCAGCACUUCUGCAGCACCCACUUUUCUCCCAGCACACUACUUUGAGACAAAGAAUACCGAGGGAAAGACUCGAAGUUUCAAUCUCAUUGAUGGUGGGGUUUCUGCAAAUAAUCCUACGAUGAUGGCCAUAAAUCAGAUUCGGAAAGAAAUGAUGAUGCAAAAAACUGAGAUAAAGGGCAUAAAACCAUUGGAUGAGUGCAAGAGCAUGCUAGUUCUAUCGUUGGGCACGGGUGCAGCCAAGUACGAAGAGAAGUAUAAUGCAGCCAAAGCCUCCAAAUGGGGUUUGAUUAACUGGAUGUAUGACAAUGGCGCCACUCCAUUACUUGAUAUAUAUUUUGAUGCAAGUUCUGAUAUGGUUGACUUCCAUGUGUCCACCCUCUUCCAAGCUCACGAGAGUAAGAAUAACUAUCUUCGUAUUCAGGAUGACAACUUGACUGGAGAUGCAUCAUCCCUUGAUCUUGCAACCUCAGAGAAUAUGCAGAGGCUGGUGGAGAUUGGGAAGGAGCUAUUGAGGAAGCCAAUGUCAAGAGUGAAUUUGGAUACUGGAAGGUUUGAGGAAAUCAAGGACAAGGAUACCAAUGAAGAAGCACUUGCCUACUUCGCCAAGCUGCUUGUGGAGGAGAAGAAACUCAGGCAAAACCAAUGAAACUUUAAUUUUGCAAUAUAUAUAUAUAUAUAUAUAUAUAUUGACCAGGACCCAAUAAAUCAAAUAUCAACAGCUGAAAGCUAAUCAAUAUAAAACAGGGACAUCAAAUCCCCUGUUCAAUAAUUUCCACUUCUAA